AUGGCAAAAUUUUACCUUGAGCACUAUCAGUUACCUAGACAGAGCGUCAUUGAAGACUUCUAUGAAGAAGUGCAAGAAACUGAAAAGUAUCGCCUAAAAGAAAUAAAUGCAGCAGUAAAAAUCCAAGCUCUCUGAAGAAUGUAUCGACAACGCAAGCAUUACCUCGAAGAGCAAUGGGCUGUGAAAAUCAUCAAAAGAGUCUACAUCGGCUACCGCACUCGCAAGAACUUCUGGAAGCUCAUAAACCAGCAGCUAUCUCACUAUCGUCUCAUGUUUUAUUCAUCUGCAGCCACUGCAAUCCAAAGAAUUUACCGUGGAUUUUAUUCUCGAAAAUACUUCCACGACUUCGGAGCUCGCAAAAAAUACCUCAAACACAUAGAAGGCAAAAACGAGCGAAGAAUCGCCAAAAUGCAUGAAUACGCAAAGCAGCAAGAAUUAGAAGAACAGCGACGACAAGAAGACUAUGCACGAAUGGAAUUCUAUAAACUAGCAAGUUCUCUUCAUCAUUUAACCUCUACCAAAGCAAUCCCUGGCGUCUACCGAGGUUUAGAAGAAGUUUCUGAUUUCGGAAAGCACACUUUAAAGGCUUAA